AUGCUAAAUGUUUUUGAGAAACUAUUGAUUUUUGUACUGCUUACCGUUAUUCAAUGUGCAACAGAUUACAAUGAACAGGAAGCUCGAACCUAUCUAAAUUUUGCGGCUGCCGCAUAUGCUGACUCUCCAACGCCUUGUUUGCAAAGGGUUUUCCCCCCUUCAAGUGCUUACCAAUUGAUCUCAACAAAAACUGAAUCUUGUGAUGCAUUGUCCCAAUUGUGUUCGGGAUACAUUGUGAAAUCUGAUGUUUUACGGCAAAUUGUUGUUGUCUUUAGAGGCACAAAAACGGACGUUCAAUUGUUAUUGGAGGGAUGGUCGACCCUUCAGCCACAACAAGAUUUCUAUGGAAUGGGAAAAGUGAAUCAAUACUUCGGAAAUGCGGUCGAUUUGUUGUUUGAUCCGGUUGGGACAACGCUGUCGAAUCCACAGUGGAGAGAUUACAAAGUCGUAUUCACCGGUCAUUCACUCGGUGCCGCUUUGGCUGCUCUUGCUGCAGCCAGGACUGCUGCUCAAGGACUCCGAAACAGCAACCAAAUAAAACUGUACACUUUCGGUGAGCCAAGAGUCGGAAAUGUUCAAUUUGCUGCCUCUUUCAACAAUUUAGUCCCAGAAGCAUUUCGUGUCGUAUUUCGAAGUGAUAUUGUGCCUCAUUUACCCGGUUGUAACAAAGAUUAUAUCAAUGGAACUGAUACCGACGACAGUCAACCCUGUGAUCCUGGGAAUUUAGUUCGGGGAUAUCACCAUCAAAUGGAAAUUUGGUAUCCAACCUGUAUGACCCCGGGUUGUCAGUACAAAAUCUGCACGGGAACACCGACCGGAGAGGAUUUCUCGUGCUCAGAUUUAAUCAAAUUUGAUAUGAACAACGUCUCAAUGUAUAUCUGGGAUCAUCGACACUAUUUUGAUCUCAAAGUGACACAAUACGGUGAGAUUGGUUGUGAUGCGAAUGAUCCAUCUGUCCACGAUCCGCCCCCACAAUCAAGCAAUUUCGUUGAAAAACUCCUUUUCACUGCUGGAUCGUUUGCAAGCAAAUUGGGAAUUGGCACAAAGAAA